AAUACUUUAUGAUCAAAAGUUUGAACUCCAUCUUUCCACCUUUUGUCUUUCCUUUACCAUAACUCACCUAAUAUCAACUGAAUUUAAUAGUUUUGACUGAGACUAUAUAUAUAUAUAUAUUUUAAAAAUUAUUAGAUAAAUACAUACUAUAAUAUAUUUCGAACCGGUAAAUCAUAUGGACUACGGUAAAAUUUUAAAUUCGAAUCCACAAAGUUCAAAUCUGAAUCCAUUUGAAUCUGCCUGAUCUGCAGAAAACUCUAUAUAAACAUGAGUAUGACAUCUCAUAUCAGACCACAGAGAAAAACAAAGACACUAUCAAAUUAAAGGUUAUUAUGGAGAAAGAAAGUGAAGUAUUUUUACUUGGCUCCUGGUUCAGCUCCUACUGUACAAGAGUUAGGCUUGCACUUGAAAUCAAAGGCAUUCAAUAUGAGUACAUAGAGCAAGAUCUAACAAACAAGAGUCAAGAACUUCUCAAAUACAAUCCAGUGCAUAAGAAAGUGCCUGUUCUUGUGCACAAAGGGAAACCUAUUGUUGAAUCAAUUGUUAUUCUUGAAUACAUAGAUGAUUGCUGGAAAACUGCACCCAAGUUGCUCCCUGAGGAGCCUUCUGAGAGAGCCAAAGUUCGCUUCUGGAUAAACUAUUAUGACCAAAAGGUUGGACCAAGCACAAAAGUUGUCCUCGUGUGUAACGGGAAGGAAAGAGACAAGGCUAUAGAAGAAUCAAAUGAGCUACUAAAGGUGCUAGAAGAGGGGAUUGCAAGAGAUAUUCCAAACAGAUCACCUUUUCUGAAUGGUGAGAAUCCAGGGAUUCUUGAUGUUGUAAUAGGUUCAAGUGCUUGCAAUGUUGAAGCCUUCAAUGAAGCUAUUGGAGGAGUGGAUCUUAGUCUGGAAAAAUACCCAUGCCUUUUUGAACUGGUUACUGUUCUGAAAAACUCUCCUAUAAUGAAGAAAUCCCUUCCACCCCACAUUGAUCUUGUCGCUAAGAUAAGGGAGAAGUUUAAUUUAAACCAGGAUGCUUGAUUAUGGUAGACGAUAGCUGCUUGAGUCUUCUGUUUUGGUCUCUCUUUGCCCGGUCUUUUCAAGUUACAACUUACAAUUUGUUAAAUUUAACAGCUUGUUUGGAUGGUCGCUACCUAUUGUAUUGUCCCGCUAGUUUAAAUACAAUAUUUGUUUUGAUUGAUCAAAUUUGAUUGUUACUUUGAUCUUAUUGUAUCGUAUCGCUAAAUCCAAU